AUGACCAAGUCAGAUGCUUUAGAAUCUGCGAAACAGAUAGCUUGUAACUCAGCUAUUUCUGAUUGGCUUAAAGAUAAUCAGAUUAUUGGACUUGGAAGUGGCACAACAAUCAAAUACGCUGUUGAGUAUAUUGCUGACAAAGUGAAAAAAGAAAACCUGCAGAUUCAGUGUAUACCAACUUCAUUUCAGGCCAGACAACUUCUGAUCAACCAUAAAUUGCCAGUGACAGACCUUGAUGUAUGUGAACAGAUUGAUGUAACUUUUGACGGGGCAGAUGAAGUAGAUGAACAUCUUCAUUUAAUCAAAGGCGGCGGUGGCUGUUUACUCCAGGAAAAAAUUGUCGCUUCUUGUACUAAAGAUUUUAUAGCUAUUGUCGAUGAACGGAAACACUCAAAGAGACUAGGUUCAUAUUGGACUAAAGGCUUACCAAUCGAGGUAGUUCCAAUGGCUUUCAAACCGGUACAAACAAGAAUACAGAAAUUAUUUGGUGGACAAGCGAUUCUACGAGAAGCUGUUUCAAAAAUGGGUCCAGUUGUAACAGAUAAUGGAAACUUUUUAUUAGACUGGAAAUUCGACACAAAUAAACAAUAUUAUUGGCCAGAUGUAAAUGUUCAACUGUCACAAAUACCUGGUAUUGUUGAUACUGGCCUGUUUAUCAAUAUGACAAGUAGAAUUUAUAUUGGUAAUUUGAAUGGUACAGUGACUAAAUUGGAAGGGAAAUCAUCUAAUCAACAUACGUUAAACAAUAUCAGUAAUUUCUAA